AUGACAGCUUCUCCCCGGUAUCUCAGCGUCCUCUUUCAAAGCAUGCCCGAUGCUUUUGCCGAGGAGGUGGACGUGAGUAUUGGGGGCUUGAUAUCGGGGCGGGGAGAAGCCGAUGUUAAAACGGCGUCCCGCUGCGCAUACUGCGAAGCUGACCUUCAGGGUGUCGAGCUUGGAGGGAGAGAAGUCCUGAGUCACGCAUUAGGAGGGAAGGUUUUCAAUCACUGGAAGGAUGAUGAAAAAUUCUAG